AUGCAUAUUAUCUAUCGUGGAAUUUUUCUUGUUAUCUGUUUUACAAUUGCAAUCGAAUGCCAAGGUGGUGGUGGUGGUGGUGGUGGUGGAGGUGGUGGCGGCGGUGGAGGAGGUGGUUUUCCUGGAGGAGGCGGUGGUAGUUCAUGUGUCGGUGAUAAUUGUUUUUAUAGUGCAGUUAUUGCGUUAAGUAUUUUUGGUGGUAUGAUUGGAUUAGUAUAUUUGAUCACUGGUGCUAUUAACUAUUGGAGAGGUCGACCAUCCCAAACAAAUGUAGAAUUUAUUAUGAAUGAUACUACUAAAAGUUGUAACCAAGAAAAAUCUGAUAUUACUAUGCUUAAAUCUGAUACUAGUAUGUUUAAAUCUGGUUAUUGGAAAAGUCAAUAUUUUCAAUAUGGAAAAUGGCAUGGACCUUGUCGAUUUUCUCUUACAUUCGAAAGUAGUUCGAUGACUGUAAAAGGAACAGGAUCAGACGAUAUAGGCAAAUUUACGAUUAAUGGAAUAUAUUCGCUGGAAACCAGUCGAUUAGGUUUAUCGAAAAAGUAUCAAUUGGGUACUGGUAAUAAAAAAGAAAACUUAGGACAUACAGUUACAAUUCAAUUAACAUGGAAUAAAACAAGCAAUCAAUUUGAAGGAAAAUGGUAUGUUCGAACAAAUAAAUAUCAUGGUAACGAUAAAUUUCAGCUCAAGUUUGAUGGUCGACACCUGUCAGCUAAGUUAAAUAGUGAUGAUAAAUCAUUGGGAUUUACUAUCAGUGGUGGUAUUGAUAAACCAGUUCACAGUUGUUUCACAUCUAUUAUUAUUUCACAUAUUUAUGAAAAUGUCUUGGCAGAUGGAGUUGAACAAUUAAAGUUAUAUGAUAUAAUAUUACGUGUAAAUGAUAUUGAUAUUACAAAUAUGAAACAGGAAACAGUUGUUGAUAUACUAAAACGAUCUGGAAAGCAAAUUAAAUUGUUCAUACGUCGUCUCUCACCACCAAUUAUUCAAAUAAUCGAACUACAAUAUAAUGGAAGAUUAGGUAUUCGUAUUACUGGUGGAAUAGGAAGCGAAUAUAUUCCAGAUGAUCAUGGGAUAUUUAUUAAGCAUAUCGAUAUAUUACACUCAAAUAAACGGGUACAAAUAGGUGAUCGAUUAUUACAAAUUUCAUCCAUGUGUAAUACUUACGAUUUACGAUUUGUUACAUAUGAAAUGGCGAAAAAAUAUAUCGAAUCAGCAUGCGCAUUGAACCAAAAGAUUAAACUAUGCAUUGGCCGUUCAAGAUCUCCUGUUCAAUUGUAA